UUUUUAGAAAGAUCAUGGCAAAGUCUAUAAAAAUACAGUUGAAGAAAAAGACCGGUUUUUAGUAUUUCAAGCUAAUUUACGCAAAAUCGAAGAACAUAAUGAAAAAUUCGAGAAAGGAUUGACUACUUAUACAAUGGGGAUGAACCAGUUUGGAGAUUUAACCGCCGAAGAGUUUGCUGACCUACUGCAGCCGUUCCCAAAGAUGGAUAGACCUAAACCUUCACUAAAAACUAAAAAUGUUCAAUACAAUGGACAUAUUCCAGGUAGAAAGGACUGGAGAGAGAAGGGAGCGGUAACUCAAGUAAAGACUCAAGGCAAGUGUGGAGGCAGUUGGGCAUUCGGCGCCGCUGCCGCAAUAGAAAGUGCACAUUUCAUUAAAUCUGGAGAACUCGUUACCAUGAGUGAACAAGUCCUCCUUGAUUGUGUUGAAGAAUGUAAAGGAUGUAAAAGUGGUUGGACGGAUAAAGCCAUGGAGUACGUUCGAAAACAUGGCAUAACGACAGAAAUGAAUUACCCUUAUGAGGGAAAAGAUGAUGAUUGCAAAAUAAAUGGAACGGAAACUGGAAUGAAAAUCAAAAAUUAUGUUUUUAUAAAAGAGGACGACGAAGAAGAUUUAAGGCAAGCUGUUGCUAGACAACCAGUAGCUGUAACUGUAGACUCAAGAGGUUUUCAAUUAUAUAAAUCAGGAAUAUUUGAUAAUUCGUGCAUAGAGGAUGUGAAUAUAGACCACUCUUUAUUGGUUGUUGGAUACGAUCUUGACCAUCAUUUUGAAAUGGAUUAUUGGAUUUUAAAAAAUUCUUGGGGUAAAAGUUGGGGUAUGGAUGGUUACAUGAAAUUCAAAAGAAAUCAUAAUGUUUGUGGUAUUGCUUCAUAUGCUGUAUAUCCAGUUUUGUAAAUAUGGCAAUUUUAGUUUAAAUAGAUGUUAUAGAUAUAAAAGGUGUAGAAUUUGUUUAUUUUAUUUUUUGCUUUAAUCUGUGUAAUAAAUUAAUUUUAUUAGCCAUUUUCCAUUAAAUAUGUUAAAUUUA